UUCAAAAAAAGGAAGCAACUUGAAUUUUUUUUCAAAUAAUUCACAUAUGCCUGUCACUUAUUUCUUAUAGGAACGUUGAAAAAAGAAAUUGUACAAUAAUUGACUUAAUAAUUUCUGUCAAUCAGACCGUUGUAUUGUAUGAGAGCUGUCAUGUUUCUAACUCCAUAGCCCAAACCCAUAUCCACACGGGUACCAUUACAUUUAACUGAAAUAAUAUUCUUAAUUAUGCUUAACUAUGUAACAGGGUCGAGGUAGUUAGUUAGUGGGCUGGGCCAUGAAAUUAUUUACACGUGGCAUAAUAUGAUAGGUUAGGAUUUCAGAACGAGACAAAGAAAUUCAAAAUGAGAAAGAAGAAAGAAAGUGUAAUAUUUAUGGUGCAACCCUCGCUCCUAGUCCCUUGAGUGGACGCUACUCCACCACUGUUUCAGAAGACCAGAGAAACCACUCACUCACACCAAUUCAAUCAACAUCUUAGAGUUGACCAAGAAAAGAGUGAAGGAGAAGAUGGCUAAGAAUCAACAAUCAAAUUGGUGGUGGCUUGAUAAUCACACUACUACUAAACGUUCCCCUUGGUUUCAAUCCACUCUCUCUGAGCUAAAUGAGAAGACAAAGGCAAUGUUAAAGUUAAUUGAAGAGGAUGCAGAUUCCUUUGCUCAACGUGCAGAGAUGUAUUACAAGAAACGACCAGAGCUUGUUAGCAUGGUUGAAGAUUUCUAUCGAACACACCGCUCGUUAGCCGAGCGGUAUGAUCAAGUCAAACCAGAUACCGGAAUUAACCACCUCAUGUCAGGUGGAUCGCCUUUUGCUUCAGCCAAGUAUCAGAUAGAGAAGUUGAUGAGUUUUGCAGACACUGGUUACGAUACCUAUUCUGAAAAUUUCGAUGUGGACGACUCUGUCGAAUCCGAAGUUGAUGAUCCUGAGCUCGACGAAAAAGAGGGGACCAAAUUUCAUAGCUAUGCGAAAGAAGAGCGAGUUUCAUCUAUAGCUAUCAAUGAGGAAGUGAUGAGACUGAGAGAAGAAGUUAAGAGAGUAAAUGAAGAGAACAAUGUUCAUAAGGAGCAACUGAAGCAGAAAGAUACUAUUUGUGAUGAAGUAAUGAAGUUGAGGGGAGAAAUAGAAAAACUAAAGGAAGAGAAUGAAGCACAGAAGGAACAACUCAAGCAGAAAGAUGAAGAGAAAAUUGAAGUUAUAAAACAACUGAGUUUUGCAAUAGAUUUGCUGAAGCAGGAUAAUGUAGAGAUGAGAAGCUUCAUUGUUAAAGAGUCUACUAAGAAAUGGAAGUUUCCAUUUGAGUUCAACAAACUUGGAGAAGCAUUUUCAAUGAAAUUGUUUAAUGGGUCUCCAAGGAAUCAGCCUAGUGUUGAGCUCUCUAGACGUGGUUAACAUAGUCACCAAAUAGCAUAGUUAUGUAUAACUGUCUUAUAAAUAUUUAUACAAUAAAUUCCUAGUCUUUAGGCUUGUAGUUUGUGUGCUUAUAAUACUGUAUUAAUUUAAUUGUAUUCUUUAUAUGUCCUUUACCUUUACUUGGCUAGUUAUACUUAUAUGUAUCCCAACUGUUACAAUUUUUUAAUUCUUUAUGUAUGUGAUUGUUUUGUAGCCCA